AUGACAAACGUCACCACUAGAACAACAACAGCAGUAAAUCAGCAGCAGCAACAACAACAACAACAACAGCAGCAGCAUCAGCAGCACUUUGAAUUCCCCAAAAUCCAUUCCUUCCCCCCACUAUACACCAAACAACCAAACCAAACGGUGCAACAACAACAAAUAGACACAUGGUGCAACAUUCUCCUCCAAUAUUGUCAAUUCUACAGAAUCACCUCACUUACAAAUGAAGGAUCUCCCAAACACACCCAGCUACGGAACUCAUCAGGAACUGUGACGAAGUCAAGCAACAUAUUAAACAUACCGCCUCUCUUUUCCAACAGUGCCAUAAACCGACAUGUGAACCCCGAAUUCAGAAAUGUCAUUAUUGCCAAUUUGAUCCAUUCGAAGCGGGGCGAGUACAUCAACCACAAAAGGCCGGAAUUGGGGGUGUUUGUGUAUUGGAGGAGUGUGGUGGAUUGGGGGAAUUUGUUGUAUGAGUAUGUGGUUGAUACUGGACAACAGGGGAGUGUGCUUACGUUGUAUGAGUUGACGCGGGGAGGUGACGAUGAUGAUGAUGAUGAUGAAGUAGAGGGAGUUGGAGUUGGAGGUGGAGUUGGAGGUGGAGUUGGAGGUGGUGGUGGCCUGAGUGGUGGGUUGCCUCGCGAGUUGCGGAAUUUGGAUGAGGAGUUGCUUGUCAAGGUGAUUAAGGAUUAUUUGAUCAAGCAGGGUAAAGCUCAGUUAUUGAUGACUGAAUCGAAUGAGAUUGGCGGUGUCAAGAUUGUAUAG